GCAGAAGCCAAGUUGUUGAAAGCACGUUUGACGAGCACCGGAUUCCUUCUGAUCUUUUCGAAGUGGUCAGUAAUUUUUUGGUGAGACAUUUGUGGGACUAAUGGCUCUAGAGAUACCCAUUGAAGACUAUGCUACCCAGAUAGGGAGAGGAAACUACGAGAGGUUAGAGAUCUUAAAGGCAAAACAAUUCCCAAACCUCCAAUCCACAAAUACCAUGUUGCAGGGGACGGAGGACUAUGACACAAAUAUAUUGAUGGAUGUUACUUUAUAUGAAGCAGUAGCAAAAGAUGAUGUUAAUAAUUUCAUUGAUACGUUGGAAAAAGUUUCAAUGGAUAAAGAACUCAAUUUGGAUGCCAUUUUAAACCAAAUGACCAUAUCAGAAAAUUCAUUGCUUCACAAGGCAGCAAGUUGUGGAAGUGUAGAAAUAGCUGAACUCAUCAUUGAUCACUUCCCCUUCCUUGUUAACAGGGUAAACAAUUUAGGGGAUACUGCACUUCAUGUGGCUACCAAGGCUAGAAAGUUGAAUGUAGUCAAAGUCCUCGUAGAUAAGUCUUGUAAACUAAGUCCUGCUAAUGAUAUUGAUACUUUAUCACAAAUGAAAAAUCACAUUGGAAAUACUGCCCUGCAUGAGGCUGUCAUGGCUGCUUUUGGCAAAUCCAAAAGUGUCAUGCUAUUUGAAUGGAAAGGGUGAAUCUCCACUGCGUCUCGCUAUUGAAACUGGUAAG